GCCAGGCCAGGCGCUAGGCCGGGCGGAGAAGUAAGGUUUGCAGUGCAGUAUGAGCUGUCUCUGAAUCCUUAGAUCUACAGACACAGUCAGUCAGUGUAUUUUAUCUACUAAACACAAUGAUUAUGACUGUAGUUGCUGGCUUGACAAUAGCAGCUCAAUUAUCUUAGUUAUCAUCUAGAAGAUGAGGACGUACGUCGAUGGCUCUGGACUGUGAUGCUGAUGUGUAAUGGCAAGUAAGCCGUUCUGCCCCUGUCCAGAACAACACUGAACCUAGCCGCUAGCGCUCAGCUACAGCAAGCACUUUGCUAUUAUUUUAUUAUGGAUACUAUGUUCGCUAAUGUUCGUACCACCUUGGAUGUUUGAAGCACAGCCCAGACGCUAGCGUAACGUCCAGUGUACAGUCAUUGGCCUGAAGUCGUGAAUCGUCGCGGAACCGAGUUAGUGGGACAACUAGUAGAAAUAUCGUGAUUGUGGGUUGGAAGUUAGUCGCCAUUGCUUCCCCAGAGUACUGAGUGUCGUGAGCCAAGGAGCUGCCGAGGGUUGGUCAACGCAACGUCAGCGUAGAAGAGCGGCUAUGGCCGACGAGUGUAGCGUGCGAGUGGUGUGUCGCUAUCGGCCGCACAAUAAGAUCGAAGAAGCGCAAGGUGGACAGCAGGUCUGUUCGUUUCCCUCCGAUGGCAGCGUCAAUCAAAAUGGACGAGUGUACCAAUUUGAUCGCGUGUUCAACACGUCCACCACGCAGACUGGUCUGUACUGCGAGGCGGCGCGACCUAUAGUGCAGGAUGUUCUCAAGGGAUGCAACGGGACCAUGUUUGCAUAUGGACAGACGUCGAGCGGCAAGACACACACGAUGGAGGGCGUUCUGGGCAGCGAGGAGCUGUGUGGCGUUAUCCCGCGCAUCGUAGAGGACAUCUUCAACCAUAUCCAGCACAUGGAUCCAGGAGAUGAAAUGGUUGAGAACUUCUUCAUCAAGGUCUCAUACUUUGAGAUCUACAUGGAGAAGAUACGAGAUCUGUUGAACACGAGUAAGACGAAUCUGUCGAUACACGAGGACAAGAAUCGCUCACCGUACGUAAAGGAUCUCACCGAACGCUAUGUGGCGUCGCCACAGGAGGUCUUUGAGAUAAUCGAAGAGGGAAAGUCCAACCGGCAUGUUGCUGCUACCAACAUGAACUUACACAGCUCGCGGAGCCACAGUAUCCUCUCAAUCAGCGUACGCCAGUCGUUCGGAGGGGACAAACGCACACUGAACGGCAAGCUAUACCUGGUGGACUUGGCUGGAUCGGAAAACGUUGGCAAGACAGGAGCGUCCGGUAUGACUUUCGAAGAGGCCAAGAUGAUCAACAAGUCGCUAUCGGCACUUGGCAACGUCAUCUCGGCACUGACCGAGGGCAAGGGUCGCACUCACGUGCCGUACCGCGACAGCAAACUGACGCGAAUCCUCCAGGAAAGCCUGGGAGGAAACGCCAAGACCACCAUGGUCAUCUGCUGCUCUCCGUCCUCGUUCAACGACAGCGAGACGAAGAGCACGCUGGACUUUGGCAAGCGUGCCAAGUCCAUCAAGAACGUUGUCGUUGUCAACGAGGAGCUGACCGCGGAGGAGUGGAAGCGGCGCUACGAGAAGGAGCGUGAGAAGAAUCAGAAGAUGAAGAACGUGUUGAGCGCCCUGCAGAAGGAAGUGCAGCGAUGGCGAGCAGGGGAAAGUGUGCCGGUCAGCGAGCAGGCCAGUAUGCGCACCAUCACCACCAGCACGGCCGCGACAACAGCAUCGUCAACACCAUCAAACAGCAGCGGCGGCGGUGGCGGCGCAGCCUCAGCUGCCUCAUCUGCCACGUCUAUGCUAAGCAGCAGCAUCGCGACCGAAGACACUCUCAGCUCCUCCGUCGUGUCGUCCUCCACUGGUCUACUGGGUGCCGGGGGCAGCGGCGGACAAGCAUCGUCUGUUGCCAUGGCAGCUGCGGUAACCGCUCCGGCAUCUCUAUCCAGUGUUGAGCGGCAGCAGUUUGAAGAGGAGCGCGCAAAGCUCUACUCGGACCUGGAUGAGAAAGAUGGUGAAAUCAACACCCUGGGUCAGGAGGUGGAGAAGCUAAAAAUGGUCAACAUCGACCUGCAAGAGCUGCUGGACAUUGCUAGCCGUGAGUCGUCGGACCGUCUCACCAACCUCAAUCGUUUCCAGCAGGAGUGCGAGCAAAACGCUGAACAGGUGAAGGAAGUGCUCAAGGCCCUGGAAGACAUGGCACUAAACUACGAGUCCAAGAACCAAGAACUGGAUGAGAAGAAGCUGGAGCUAGAACAGCUGAAAGAACAGAAUGACACCGUUCAGGUCAAUCUCCAAGAAGUGCAGAUCUCCUUGAAGAGCAUGAAGGAUGAACAGAACACCACGCAGAACCAGCUGCAGCUCACGCUCAAUGCCUGGUACGACUCACUGACCGCGAAAGCACCGGACUUGAGCUGCGACCAUGGCAACUACCAGCGGCCGAUCGCAGAGCGGCUCGACGAAAGCCUGACGUCACUCAACUUGUUCGACAAUCAGUUGCGGUCGGGAGUGUCGAACCUUGUCCACCGGAGUCGCGAGCUUGAGAACACUCUGCGCAAGACGGAGAAUGAGCUGGCGUCUCGGAUCGAGGACAUCUCAACGUGGAAGCUUCGCGUAAGCCAAUACGAGGCGGAUGCAGAGUGCUAUGAACGGAACAUUAUCGAGUUGCAAGCUAGCAAUCAGUCGUUGAAGGCAGCCCUGGAUAGUCUGAACAGGGAAAUGGCGACAGUCACGGCCAAUGCAAACGCUCAAGCUGCACGCGGAUCGGACGCCAAGAAGAAUGGGGAGACAAAGGCGGAAGUACAGAAACACACGCAGCUGCUGGAGCAGCAGCAUGCAGAACAGAUGGCAGAGCUUCGCUCCGACCUGGACAAGAAACAAGCGGAACUCAAAUCCGCUCAAGCGUCUGUUCGGCACCAAGAGCUGGAAGCCAAGCACCUGCAGGCUGAGAUGCUUGAGCUGCGUCAGAUUCAACGUGCCAACAUGGAGAAGAUUGCAGAGUUGACCAUGGAGCGUGACAUCAAAGAGAAGGCAUCGUCUGAAACUCAGGCACUGCGAGAUGCAGUUGAGAAAGAAGCUGAGCGUUUAGUGGAGAUCAAGCGGACGUUCCUGACCACAAUCAAGGCAAACACUCCUGGACAAACGCCGUUGUCGGGCGUGGAUUCCACUGCGUCUAGUGCCGGCAAUCAGAAAGUGGCUUUCCUGGAGACUAACCUGCAGCAGAUAACCACCGCACACAAACAGCUUAUUCAAUCACAUAAUGAGCUGCAACGUGAGUUCUCCAAGCUGGAUGCACGGGUCAAGGCCAAGAGUGAGCGUAUCAACCUACUCGAGACGGCAAUAGCUAACAUCAAGCAGGACUAUAGGGACAAGAAGAGACAACUAACUGUGGAACUCGAUCAAAUCAAGAAAACCUACGAGGCAAGAAUGAAACGCGGUGGUGUGCAUCGCAGUACAAUCGUCAAGGCUGUACGUCCCGGUCAUGCAGUGUCCACUGCCAGCACCCCGGUGGGCAUCAAACCAGGACAGGCCAUGCAGCAGCAACACCACCAGCAGCAGCAGCAGUCACAAGCAGCGGCGGCGGCAGCGCAGAAGGGCACAUCGGGUGCCAUGGCAACCUCCGCGUCGACCUCGGCAGCGGCAGGUCUUGCACUGAGGUCUCCCGGUGGCUUGGCGCCACGCAGCCUGCGCGGUGAUCUACCGGCUUCAUCAGCGCUCGGCUCAAGCUUUGUCAUGCCUAGCAGUGGCAGUAGUAGUGGCAGUGAUCGACGGAGAGGCAGUGGCAUGGCAACCGGUAGCAGCCAAUUGCCGGAUUCCGGUGAGCAUGCGACGAACGUGGAUGGGUACAUGCCUCCGCGUCAAGACCCGGUCGGCGUGGAGGGUGCGGGCACAGCCGGAACAACCUCGACGGCUAAUAACACAACUAAUCACUCAGCAUCAUCAUCAUCAGCAGCAGCAGCACACCAUGCCGGUGGUAGUAGCAGCAGCAGCAGCCGAUCCUCCCGCUCGUCCCGCGAUUCUGCCAGGCACGCGGCGGGGGCAGCAACAGCAGCGGCGACAUCAAGUCCCAGCGCCAGUCGGCGAUCGCGUAAUCAUGCACCAAUGCCAGCAGCAGCAGCAGCAGUGGCGGUGGGCACAGCAAACCCGGCAGCACCAGCAGCAGUACGUACCGCCGAGCAGGCAGCUGAGCAGCUUGCUGACAUGCCUGCUGGCAGUACUCGGCAUGGCUCAAGUGGUAGCAGUAGCAGCAGAUCGCACCACUCAAGGUCAUCAGCAGCAGCAGCGGCCGCCACAGGCACAGGUAGUGGUAGUCUUAGUAGUGGCGGAACCAGCGGUCACCAGAGUAGAUCGCAGCAACGACAACACCAUCAUCGUCGUGGUAACUAUGCCGUCAAGGACGAUGUUGUUGUCGUGGACGCAGCGGAGCAGAACGUCGGUGACAAGGUCUGAGAACGGCGGCGACAUGGUGUGAAGACGAUAGUGACACGGUCUGAGCACAGCAGUAAGCUUGUGUGAAGUUUUCUGCCACUGGUCACUCUUGCUGGUCCUCAUAAACAGGGUUCCAGUAGGCAAGCGCUGCCAGACUAAGAGACUAGGAGACUGCACACCCAUACUCUGACCAGUAUGUGAAGCUGUGUAGUCUUGACUGCACAGCUGGGCAAGAUCCGGGCUUCCUUGUUGUAUCAGUGUAGAUACACUUGAAUAGCAGGACACUGGGGUGGUUUUGACCCAGUGUGUGCUCGGCCUCAGUGACUCCUAUACCAGCAGCUAACGUGCUUCACCAAGCCAAUGCCAAUUGAGUUUGGCGCAAGUGCGUGACUGUUUUCAGACUGCCUUUGUGUUCCAAUAUGUGCGGAUUGAGUGAAGUGCUACGUGUGCACCUGAAAGUUUGCUCUUUUUAUUUUAUUUUUUACGAAAACCUAGCCACACAACUCUGGCUUGAUUUCCCUCUUCCGCUGAUCUUGCUCAAGUCCUGCCUUAUCUCAGCGUCUGCUGUGUGCCGCCAUUCCAGCCAGACUCUCCGCCAACCCUCUAGGCAUAGUCUGCCGUGUGUCACAGCAUCUCAACUCUUUCUCUUUUACUCUCUCUCUCUCUCUCUCUCUCUCUCUCUCUCUCUAUCUCUCUCUCUCUCUCUCUCUCUCUCUCUCUCUCUCUCUCUCUCUCUCACACACACACACUAGCAACUAGUUUGGAACAUUUGUAAAAGGAACAAUAUUGAACCGUAGGCGGGAUGGUGGCAUGGAAGAAAUUGUGCAUAUCAUACUUCUUCUCAUGUCUGUGUUCCUCGGCCAGUCCGGGGUCAUGCGCUCAGUUGCGAUGCACGUUUAGACUGCAUUGAGAAGACAAUGAUGAACCUCUAAUGAUUGCUGAUAACAAUGCCUCUGGCAAGGAUACCAACAUUCGACACACUGGACUAGUGUCCGUGGAGUGACGACGAAAAGAAGAAAUUGUCAAGUUCUUUUCUGAUCUCGUUCCUCUUCGUUGCAUGUAACCUCCUCCCCCCCCCCCCCCCCCCUCUCUCCCCCUCUCUCUCUUUGCCGGCACUACAUACCCAUUCGUUGAGCAAGCAUAGAUUAACCAUGUGACCAGCAGCCUAUGGUCUGCGUAUAUACUGGCCGCUACAACGUAUUAUUUGCACUUCUCCGCGCAAUGGGCAAUGUCUCAUUUUUCGCCCGUUCAGGGCCAGUUCAACUAACCAAAUUCUCGUAACACAGUAGUACAUUUUCAUUUUUUCCGUACAUGUAUUUAUUUCGAUACUGGUGCAUUCCUUCUUCUGUCUGAGUGGAGCUGACUUUGUUAGUAGAUCUCGUGUACACAUGCAAUGAAGUGUUGACAACUGUUCCGCGGCUAGGACUUCAGUUAAUCACCAGGCACAGCAGCUGUCUGAUGAUUGCUUAUGCGUAGUUCUGAUGAUUAUGACGGUGUCGAAUGUCA